GGUAACUCAAUUAGCUGUCAGCGAGCAUUUCUGGACUGAUCCACAUGCUUCAGCCUCGCUGCCACGCGCGUGCUUGUCUGCAGAUGUUUCCAGCAACUUCUCUAUAUUCACCGACCGUGGAUUUGAAGCGGAAGGUUCACGCCUACUACACGGCGGUGAGCUCCUGCAUUAUGCUGCCAGGGCAAGCGCGUUUCCUUCUCGUGUUUACGCUCGCGGGGCCCCUCAACAUUUCUCUUCUGUGCGGCAGCGCUAUGGCAGGAAGCCCCCUCCUCUUUGACCCCAACAGUGUCUGUCGGAGGACCACGCACCCCAGCAGGCUCUACGCCAAGCUGUGCCAGACCCAGCCUGAGAUCGUCCAAGCAGUGGCAAGAGGUGCCCGGCUGGGCACACGUGAAUGCCAGCACCAGUUCCGCCACCAACGGUGGAACUGCACAAGCCACAGCAAGAGUGUGGGCAAGCUCCUCCAGCAAGAUAUUCGUGAGACAGCAUUUGUUAACAGCAUCAUAGCUGCAGGAGUGCUGCAUGCAGUAACCCAGGCCUGCAGCCAAGGGGAGCUGCUGCAGUGUGGCUGUAUGACCCUGGAGCAGGAGCAGCGCUGGGAGUGGGGGGGUUGCGGAGAUGACGUUGACUUCGGCCAUGACGUGUCCCGCCACUUCAUGGACAGCAGGAGGCGGAAGGGCAAACGCGAUAUCAGGACCCUGAUCGACCUUCACAACCAGGAAGCAGGACGGCUGGCUGUGAAGGCUCACAUUUGGACUGAAUGUAAAUGUCACGGCUUGUCCGGCUCCUGCACCCUGCGCAGCUGCUGGAACAAGAUGCCCCUCUUCCGCCAUGUUGGCGAUCACCUCAUGCAUGGCUUCCACGCAGCUGUCCGCGUGAUGGGCAGCAAUGACGGCAAAUCCCUCGUCUCCCUGGACCCUGAUGUCCCGCCCCUGGACACCCACAGCCUCGUCUACUCGGAUGAAUCCCCGGACUUCUGUGUGGCCGAUCGCAUGAUGGGUUCGGAGGGCACCCGGGGGCGUGUGUGUAACAGCACGGAGGUGGGGCCAGGAUCCUGCCACUGGCUGUGCUGUAGCAGGGGACACGUGGAUCAGACUCUAGUGUACGAGGAGAACUGCCACUGCCAGUUUCAGUGGUGCUGUGUGGUGGAGUGUGAGAGGUGCACUGUGCGAAAAGAUGUCAGCAUCUGCAUUUAGACUGUCCAGCACCUCUAGCCAACCUGCCUCUACAGUUUGCAUUAAUCAGUGCAAUAAAAUAUUGGUUAACACAAUAGAAUCACGUACCACUGCUAUGACCUUCCAGAGCACUAUGGAUCUUAAUAUUGCUAAGUUAGCAGUAGUAGCUUUUAUUUAUUCUCUGGCUACUACUAUUAUUACAAAUAUGCAAUACUGCCAUCUGCUGGUCCAGGACUGUAUUUAUGUGAAAAUAACAAAAUGUUUUGUAGAAACUUUUUCUGUCUAUAGUUAUGUUCAAAAAGAAAACAUUUUUAAAAACACAUCUGGAAAAAUAUGAAUAUUGUGUAAAUGAUAAGACAAUUAGUUAUUUUGUGUAUUAUAACACUAAUUGGAUUUUACUGACAAAAGGGAAAUAAGAAAAUAAUGGCACAGCAAGUUCUUUUAACAGUUUGGUUUAUGAAAGCUUUUGGUAGAACAGUCUGAAGCACAAAUUGCUGAAGCACAAAUUGACAGCUACCAGUUUUUUUGGAGAUGAAUGAAUCAAUGUUUGUUCAGAUCGCACUCUCCAUGGUACUGAAUCAGUGAUUUUUCAUAUGCUAGGCUAUGACAUCAGAUUCAGAUCAACAGAUACCAGACUCUUCACGACCUAUGCAAGGUGUCCUAGACGAACAUGAAUGAGCAGUGAAUAAUGUUCCCUUGACUAAAGCUGAAAACAUCAUGUACUGGUACAGAAAAGCUAAAUAUAGGACAGUGGACGCCUGUCCUUACCAGCCGGUUAAAGUGACUGGUACAAGCUGCGCACUAGGUGGAGUAAUUGUACGACUUUGUAAUUCCUGGCACUUGUCUACGUUCAGAGAGAGGAAGGGGAGAAUAGCGGUACAUCUGCACCUGGGCUAGUAGCAGGUAACUUAAUUAAAGUGGCACGAUUUAUCACUGCACCUUGUUUAAUUAAAUGGGUGUGUUGAAUGAAGUGUUGACUUGUUUACUUUUCUGUUUUACACAUUUUCCUCUAGAUUUUAA